AUGGUAGCAAGAACUGCUGGAAUAUUAAUUAUGUGAGCAGGAGAAUCUGUGCCCUGAAAGGUUCAUCAGUGAACAUCUCCAGCAAAUACUCACAUCCUGAAAACCUGCAGCCACAGACUAAACACUGGUAUAAAGUUAAGAUGAAUACAAAGCAGGAAGAAGAGCAGUUAAUGGAUGAUGGAGGUGACAUAAAGAACAAACACAUCCUCAGAUUAACCAACCUGGAUCAGAAAGAUUCAGGAGAAUACAAGUUGAGAAUAAAAGCAGACAAUGAUGAACUGAUGCAGUCUGAUUAUCAUGGAGUUACUCUGAUUGUAACAGAGCUCCAGGUGGAUCUGAGACCUGCUGCAGAGGUGACUGAGGGUCAGAGAGUCACAUUAACCUGCAGCACCAGCUGUCCUCUCAGGGAAAACACAAUCUACAUUUGGUACCUGAACAGUCUGAGUCUGAGCAAAGCACAAAACAAACAGCUCAUUAUAGAUGCAGUCAGCAUGCAGGAUGGAGGAAACUACUCCUGUGCUGUUGGAACCAUCAGAUCAGCUGGAAAGACUCCGAUUGUCCAAAGAAGAAAAGCAAACUGGAAACCAGCAGCUGCUGGAAUCUCUGCUGUUCUCAUCGUUUGUAUUGCUCUCAUUUUUUCCAUAUUUUGGAAAUAUAAGACUUCUCAUCAGUUUUCAAGUCGAGCUGUCAAUGAUGGGAAUGAGGUAAUAUCUUGGGUCAUUUAUCAGACUUGUGAGAUUUCAGCUCAACCAGCAGAGCCUGAUCUUCCCUUCCCUCAUCCAAGGACGUCUUCAGCAGUCAGACAUCCAAACACUUCAGUGAUCAGAAGAGGACCACGUGCUUCACUUCACAGUCAUUAGAAAACUAAAACAGAUCCAGAGUGAAAAUCUAUUAGUCACAGAAUCAGAAGAUUUCUGGACUGAAGCUGCAAAUGUUUCUAUUUUCUACUGCUGUUAUUAGUUGCUACUUUAUGAAAAAUAUUUAGUUUAUUCUGAGUUACAUCCUUUGAGGCAUCAUGACAAAUUGAGAUGCAAAAUGUCCAGAAAUUUUUUUUAUAAACCUAUUAAUCUGCUAUCAAGAUAUCUGUCCUUUGAGCUAUGCUGUGUGAUCAGCUGCAGAACCUGGACUGUAAACAACUAAUGCAGGAAAUAAUGUUUCUGUUUCAUUUUAUUUAAUCAAGUAAAUUUCUGAUGUUUAAUUACUUUAUUAUAGAUUUUUUCAUAUUUAAUCAU